AAAUUUGUCAAUGCGACACAAAAUUGUUUUGUUUGUGAAAUUAAGGAAAUAAGGCGCAGAAGUUUACAAAAGCGAUUUAUGAAUAUUAUUACGCCUGCAAUUGUACACAAAGGAAAAAGACAAACAAAGAUUCGCAGUUCAUUUACGAGUUAAGAAUUUAUUUCUAGCUCAAAGGGGCAACAAAUUGCAAUUCUGUGCAAUUUUACAUAUCCAUAAAUUUAUCUAGUCCUACAUAUUUAUUCAAAAAAAAAUAAGCAAUAAGCAAAAUGUUGAAUAAGAAUUCUGGCGGCUCACAGUCGCUGCCUCGGGUGCACUCAUUCUUCAAUAUGAUUCCCGCCAUUUUACAUGACGAUUUGGCUAUGACUAUAACAGCCGAUCGUGAUAAUAUGUUCUCAAUUAAGUCAAGAAGCCAUGGUGAAGAUCUCAUUGUAACUCCAUUUGCCCAAAUUUUGGCCAGUUUACGUUCAGUACGGAAUAAUCUAUUAAGUCUGACAAAUGUUCCAGCUUCAAACAAACGACCAACGCAAUCAUCAACGGUUGGACGUGGUUCAGUGGCCAGUGUACAAUUGGCUCAAGGUGAUGAGGCAUACAAUCGUUUAGCCACCGAUACUAUCGAGGAGUUAGACUGGUGUUUGGAUCAAUUGGAAACCAUACAAACACAUCGCAGUGUAUCAGACAUGGCAUCGUUGAAGUUCAAACGUAUGCUCAACAAAGAACUUUCACACUUUAGUGAAUCAAGCAGAUCCGGCAACCAAAUAUCAGAAUAUAUCUGUUCAACCUUCUUGGGUUACGACGAAUAUAAUUUAAAGAAAGCAUAUCGCAUAUCUACAGAAACAAAAUAA